GCCUCCUCCAAACUACCAGCGGUUUCUCCCCGACUACAAGUCAUUUCCACGGCCACAUUUCUUCCCCAGUAAUCGCAUUGAGUAGCUCUUCAAUCUCUGCAAAACCUUCUCUACUGCUCGUAAUUCUUCUCGGAUGUUACUCAUUUUCGUUUACUUCUGCUUUUGGAAUCUUGGCUGGAGCCUCUCAGGCUCACUGACUUCUGCGAUUCAAGAACUGUUUUUUGGUUUUGGGAUCUCGUACUCGCAAGAAAAUAGCUUCAGUCUGUCUGCAAAUAGUAGUGCCAUGGCUGGCUGAAAUAACUGGUCUUUCCGGAGUAUUUAAGGGGAAGUUUAUUAAAAUGUCAUAAGAUUUUAUCAAAAGCUACACAUCCAUGGAGAGUUCAUCUGUGUUGCUUGGAUCCAAGGGCCUAAUAAGGAAACAUGAGUUCGUUAGAGUUAUAAUUCAAUGCUUAUAUUCAUUUGGUUACCAAAAGUCCGCACUAUGUUUGGAAGACGAGUCUGGAAUUUCAUACAAAUCUAGCGAUUUCAAGUUGCUGGAAUCACAAAUUUGUAGUGGUAAUUGGUAUGGUUGCAUUGACACAAUAAAUGGCAUCAAGGAUCUAACUGAUGAUGUAAGAGUUUCCGCUCUGUUUCUUGUACUUAAACAUUGUUUGCUUGAGUAUUCUAAUUGUGGGGAUGAUGCAUCAGCACUAGCUAUGCUGCGUAAAGAGGCUCCGAUAUUCCAUUUUAGUAGAGACAAAAUCCACAAGCUUGCUUAUGGUAUAUUUACUUCCAAGAACACGAAUCUGGAUAAUUCAAACGACAAUGUCAUUCAUGAGCUACGGAAGAAGUUGUUGCGAGAUUUGGAAAAAACUCUUCCUCCACCAAGUUGUUUGCCAGAUAGAAGGUUGGAGCAAUUGGUUGAAACCACUGUUAUGGCACAGAUUGAUUCGUGUAUAUAUCAUAAUUUUUCUGGUGCAGUUUCAAUCUAUGAGGACCACUGCUGUGGCAGGGAUCAAAUACCAACAGAGACGGUUCAGAUUUUGACCGAACAUAAGAAUGAAGUUUGGUUUGUUCAAUUUUCUAAUAAUGGAGAAUACUUGGCCUCUUCUUCCAGCGAUUGCUCAGCUAUUAUUUGGAAGGUGUUGGAAGAUGGUAAACUGACAUUGAGACACAUACUUAGAAGCCACCAAAGUCAAGUGUCGUUUGUAGCAUGGAGCCCCGAUGAUACGAAGUUGCUCACAUGUGGACACGCAGAGGUCCUCAAGCUAUGGGACGUGGAAACAGGUACCUGCAAGCACACAUUUGAAGAUCAUGGCUUUAUUGUCAGCUCGUGCGCAUGGUUUCCAGACUCAAAGAGACUUGUUUGUGGCAGUGCUGACCCUGAGAAGGGUAUCCACUUGUGGGACUGUGAUGGAAACGAGAUCAAGGCCUGGAGAGGCACAAGGAUGCCUAAGAUAUUGGAUCUCGCAGUGACACCCGAUGGCGAAAAUCUUAUAAGCAUUUUCUUGGAUAAAGAAAUCCGUAUUCUUAAUCUUGAGACAAAUGCUGAAAGAGUAAUAUCAGAGGGGCACUCCAUCUCAUCACUAUCAAUCUCAGGAGAUGGUAAGUUUUUCAUUGUCAACCUCAACAACCAGGAGAUACACAUGUGGGAUGUUGCAGGGGAGUGGGAGCGGCCGCGUAAGUACACCGGGCACCAACAGAAUAAGUAUGUAAUUCGAUCCUGCUUUGGUGGGGUAAAUAGUGCAUUUAUCGCCAGUGGUAGCGAAAAUUCAGAGGUCUACAUCUGGAGCAGGCAAACUAGUAAGCCAAUUGAGGUUUUGUCUGGACAUUCAACGACUGUCAACUGCGUCAGCUGGAAUCCGAAAAGGCCUAAGAUGUUAGCAUCAGCGAGUGACGAUCAGACAAUACGGAUAUGGGGACCUGCAUCAACUAAGAAUGUCAAGCCUUGAGAAAGUUGAUGAAACAACUGGGUAAAAAUCUACAUUCACACAGUUAAAUAUAUCCGUACCUUUCUUGGAUUGUAUUAUCAAUUUCAAUUGAUCACAUAUGAUGCUUUCAUAUAUCUGUAUAUUUCUGUUGUCCUUCAAAAUUUUGGCAUUUAAGCUUCUUGUAAAAUCCAUCUCGUGUUCUCUAUUAGUGUUGAUCCAUUUUUUGAGGAAAUUAGACAAUCAUUAGAAUUUGUCCGAUAUUGAUGGAAAUCUGAUACGAUUUUGCUGCUGCCA